GGUUUAAGGAUUUUGCUUUUGGGAGCAACUCAGUCAGCAAAGACACAACUCUGUAACUUUAUCAUUGAAAAGAAAAUGUCUCGAUUAACAACAUUUUAUCAAGCCAAGCCCGAUGAGCAGGGGGUGUGGAAUGGAAAGUUACUGACUGUCGUGAAAACUCCUGAACUUCAGUCUCAAAAAGUCCUGAAGGAGAUGAGAAGCUGCGUGAAUCUUUGUCUUCCUGGACCAAAUGUUCUGCUGCUCUUAGUGAAACCUUCAGACUUCACAGAGAAAGACAGACAGACUCUGAAAACCAGCCUGAGUUUGUUUGGAGAAGAUGCAUUUAAACACUCAAUGGUCGUUAUAACUGAAGAAACAAAUGACACGAGUUUCCUUCUUAACUCACUAAUCAGAGAAUGUGAAGGUCGACAGUACAACAUGGCUGAGAACAAUCACCAGAAAUUAAUGCUGAAGAUUGAAGAUAUUGUUAACAAAAACAGAGGCUCCUUCCUGACCAUCAGAGAGGAAAAAGCAGCAUCAAGACGUGACGAGACUCUGCCACCUUUAAACCUGGUUCUGUUUGGGAGGAGAGGAGCCGGGAAGACGGCAGCAGCCAGAGCCAUUCUGGGUCAGAGAGAGCUUCAGUCCGUCUCCAAGAUAUCAGAGUGUGUCAGAAACCAGGGAGAGGCGUUUGGACGCUGGCUUUCUGUGGUGGAGCUGCCGGCACUGCAUGGAAGAUCUGAGCGGGAAGUGAUGGAGGAAUCCUUCAGGUGUGUCUCCCUCUGUGACCCUGAGGGUGUCCACGCCUUCAUCCUGGUCCUACCUGUGGGUCCCCUCACUGAUGAAGACAAGGGAGAGUUACACACCACCCAGGACACAUUCAGCUCCAGAGUCAAUAACAACACAAUGAUCCUGUUCACCACAGACUCAGAUCCUAAACAUCCUGCUGUCGUUGAAUUUCUGGAGCGAGACACGGACAUCCAGGAUCUCCUCCAGAUCUGUGGAGGACGACAUGUUGUUGUCAGCAGCAGCGACAGGAAUCAGUUCUCUACUGUAAUUACAUUUGUGGAAAAGAUGAGACAGAAAUGCUUCACACCGAGCAUCCUGGCAGAAACCUACAAGGAUAAAGUCAUACAACAGAAGAAAACCAUCAGCAGACUGGAAGCCCAGCUUUCAAACCAGGCACCAAAAACAGCCUUAACAGGCGACUCAGAGAAGGAGGGACCCGAGUGUCUCAGGAUCGUUCUGAUCGGAAAGACUGGCUGCGGAAAAAGUCUAUCAGGAAACACCAUCCUGGGAGGAAACUACUUUGAAGCCAAACCAGCCCAGUAUUCAGUCACAAAGCGUUGCCAGAAAGCCCAGAGCAAAGUGGACGGCCGACCUGUGGCUGUGGUCGACACUCCUGGCCUGUUUGACAGCAGCUUGUCUCAUGAAGAAGUGAAUGAAGAGCUGCUGAAAUGCAUGAGUCUCCUGGCUCCAGGGCCUCAUGUCUUCCUGCUGGUCUUACAGAUCGGACGAUUAACUCCAGAGGAGAAGGAGACUUUAAAACUGGUAAAGGAAGGUUUUGGAAAAAAUUCAGAGAACUUCACCAUCAUCCUGUUCACACAUGGAGGUAAACUGGAACAUCAUAAUAAAUCUAUUAAGGAAUACAUUGAAAAGGAUUGUGACGAGUCCUUUAAGAAGCUCAUUGAGGACUGUGGAGGAAGAUACCAUGUGUUUGAAAACUACCAUGACCAGAACCGAACUCAAGUCAGAGAGCUGAUCGGAAAGAUUGAUGCCAUGGUGGAGGAAAAUGGAGGCGACUGCUUCACCAACGACAUGCUGCAGGAGGCCGAAGCAGCGAUACGGAGACAAAUGGAAAAGAUCCUGAAGGAGAAGGAAGAAGAGAUGCAGCAAAAGAUUGAGGGACUACUACAAAAACAUCAGAAAGAAAAAGACGACAUGGAAAGGGAACUGAUGGAGGUAAAAGCAAAAACUGAGCUACAAAUUACACAGAAAGACAUAAAAAUCAAGGAAAUACAGCAAAGUCUGCAGGAGGCUGAAGAUAAAAACAUGAAUGAGAAAGAGAGGAGGAAAGAAGAAAAGAGAAAACUGAAACUUGAGAAAGAGGAAUGGGAGGAAAAACUGAAAAAAUCUAAAACAGAAGCAAGUCUCCAGAAACAUCAAUCUGUGCUGAAGAAACAUGAAGCCUGGGAGAAAGAAGUGAAAAUGUUAAAGGAGAAAAACAAACAAGAUGAUAAACGGAGGCAGAAGGAGGAGAAACGACUGAAAGAGGAGUACGAGAGACUGAAACAAGAAUAUGAAAAACAGAAACUAGAAUAUGACAUCAGAACGGAAAAGGAGGCAAAGUUCAGAGAAGAGCAAGUUGAGAAGCAUCAGAAGGAGAUAGAGAAACUAAGAGAGACGUACGAGGAAGAAGCCAGAAGGAAAGCCGAGGAGUUUAAUGAGUUCAAAGAGAAAUACAGCCAAGAAUUUACAGCUCUGAAAAAAGUGCAUGAAAAACAACUGAUAGACAAAGACGGCAAAUAUGACAUGCUGAAGGCUCUGAAAGAGCUAAAUGAGAAGGAAGCCAGAGCAAAGCACCGCAAGCAGAUCAUCGACUUGGUGAAAUGUGUCACCAGAAAGAGAGAACAUCUGAACAAAAUCAAGGAAAUGCUGAGAAGACAUGAAGACCAGAUGAAACAGGGGAAAACUGAGCAGGAGACUGAACAGCUUCAGAAAAUUCAUGAGCGAGAGAUAGAUGAACUGAUUCAGCAGCUUCUGGAUGCUGAAGAUCCAAAAUCAAACUGUGUCCUUUCAUGAGACCAGAAACCGAACGCUGAUCCAAACUGUCCAUCAGGGUUGGUGGUGACCCAACAACCCCAAACCAUCAACACGUCGACUGCUGUCCGUCAUCAACCUGUUCGCUUUCUUCAAACUUCAUUCUGUGAACAACAAAAAGG